GAAAUCAUACCAGGAAGCGCUGCAGAUGGAUCAAAUCGGCGAUAAAUUAAUAUAGAUAUUAUUAAAUUAUCUAGCCGGUCAGAGGUAUUCGUUGCAACCCUAACUAGUUGUUAUUGACAAACUGUUUGUUAGCAUGGUGUUCUUAUUUAUAAUUUGACCUCCAGCGCCGCGUUGACAUUUCUAUCUUGAACUCAUUGCAAGAUGCGAGAACACUUCUACUAUUAGCAUAAAAAUUGUGACCAUUUUGUUGAACCAAUUUAAUACUGUUAUAUAGACAUAUCUCUAUAUAUCUAACGUUUGAAAAUGAAGAUUGCGGAAGAGGCAUGUUGUGUUGUCACAGUGUCCGAGAAGCCGCUCAACCUCACAUCUGGAUCUCCGAAUAAAGAAUUGAGCUGUAGUGGAGUGUUUCUGAAUUACCAGUCUGGGAUUAUAGUCUGUAGUGGCAUUUUGUUUUCACGCUUUAUCAAUGAUAGACAGUCCAUGAAGAAAGACGCGAAAAUAUUGCAUUCUGAAAGUUUCACUAAAGAGAUAAAAGUGCAUGUAGAUUACAUUCACGUUUGCGCCAACCAGUCGUGUGUAACGGACAGACGCAAUACGAGCCGUCAAGAGGCUCAUCUGUUAAUGAUUAUCAAUUGUGUGGAGUUUCAAGAUGCAUUUAACAAAAUCUUCAAGGGGGCUGAUAACUGGGGCUUUUAUAGUGGUACUUUGGAUACAGAAGUUCUGGAAGACUCCAGAUUUUUAAGUUGGUUUGCACUUUUAAAAGUGCCCACUUCAUCCACAUGCACCUGCAAGGAAACUAUUCCAUGGGUGAAGAGUGGCAGUCUUGAAAAGGGAUGUCAUGUCAUCGCAUGUGGGUCUCCAUUCGGUGGUCUCUGUCCAGACCUCUUCAUGAACACAAUUAGUAAAGGUAUAGUUAGUAAUCUGGCAGGAGCUGAGAAUGCCCUGAUCCUGACUGAUGCCCGCUGCUUGCCUGGCACCGAAGGAGGCGGUGUGUUUGUUAGCAAAGGAGGCAGAUCUUACCUAGUGGGUUUGAUCGUUUCACCACUGUGCUGGAAAUCAGAUGAAUGGAUUGGGCUGACACUUGUGUGCUCUGUUCACCUGAUUCUGAAAAACAUGCUACAGGCUGGUGCCAUCCAGGAGCCGCUGAUAGAAGAGUCAUCACAGUUAAUCACUGGCUCUCUUCAAGCUCCAUUAACUGCAAACCGAAGGACAGGCUCUGAAUUUUACACUGGAGUUGCCCUGAUUGAGACCGGCCAGCUGUGGGGUUCUGGUGUGCUGCUAAACCAGAAUCUGGUUCUGACCUGCAGGCAUGUGGUGAAUGAAAAAUCUGUGCUUACAGUCAGGGUCAACUUUGGAGGAAGAUUUCAUACAGUAAGUGGUAAGGUGCUGUAUUCAUCAGUACCAUCAUCUCCCUAUGAUAUCGCUGUGGUGGAGCUUCAGGAGCCCCUCGCAAACUCAGUAAAUACACCGUUUACCACAUACUUUCACCCAGGUGAGGAUGUGCUUGUUGUGGGUUAUGGAGCUUUAGGGAGCAGCUGUGGCCCCUCGAUGACCUCAGGGAUCUUAUCCAGAGUUAUUACCCAUCAGUCACAGCCUGUGAUGCUGCAGACUACAUGUGCUGUGCAGUCUGGAGCCAGUGGUGGCGCUGUGGUUCGUUCUGCCACUGGAGAAUUGUUAGGUAUCGUGACCAGUAACACAAGAGACUUUGCCGCAAAAGUGACGUAUCCCCAUCUGAACUUCAGCAUCCCAGUGACUGUUCUGGAGUCUCUGCUGAGACGUUUUGCUCAAACUGGAGAUGCUGCUGUGUUUAAGGCCUUAGACAGUGCAGAGGAUGAUGUUAAGAAGAUAUGGAGACUACAAAGCAUUCAGAGCAAGCUUUAAUCAUUCUCCAAAAUAAAGCUGAAUAUGAAUUUACAUGAAUUCCUGUGAUUGUUUCCAAAUAUACAAGAUGCUUUAGAAUGAAUAUAACUACUAAAAUGAAUCUUUGUGUAUUGUAAAGUUGCUGAAGAUGUGAAAAUGUUAUUGAAAAAUUAUCAUAUGACAUAGCUCUGUAUUGACAAUAAA